AUGACUUCGGCGGUAGACGCGCCAGAAGGCGUACAACACUACCACUUCCUCGCCGAAGUACCCUCCAACAUCGCCAAAUACUGGCAGCAACGGCAUCAGAUCUUCUCGAAAUACGACGAGGGCGUAUGGCUAACAGACGAUGCAUGGUUUGGCGUGACACCCGAGCCCAUCGCGAACAAAAUCGCACAACACCUCGCCAAAGCCCCCGCCUCGAAAACCAUCCUGAUCGACGCCUUCGCAGGAGCAGGCGGCAAUACCAUCGCAUUCGCCCUCUCCGGCCGCUGGAAGCAAAUCUUCGCCGUCGAAAAAGACCCCCACACCCUCGCCUGCGCCAAGCAUAACGCAGAAGUCUACGGCGUGGCGAAGAAAAUCUUUUGGAUCGAAGGCGACAUUUUCGAUGUACUCCAAGUCAGACUCAAGGCCUCCGCCAGGCACGCAGUGAUUUUCGGGAGCCCGCCGUGGGGAGGGCCAUCGUACAAUGAGCAUGAGAUUUUCGAUCUGACCCACAUGGAGCCGUAUAAUUUCGAGCAUCUGUACGAUUCGUUCAACAAAUUCACGAGUGAGCUGGUGUUGUACUUGCCUCGAACGUCUGACGUGAGGCAACUGGCGGAGCGUGCCAAGAGGGAUCAAAAGCUCCCCAUCAAGCAUUAUUGCAUGCGUGGCGCAAGCAAGGCACUUUGUGUCUUCUAUGGAUCUUUCGAACUCGAUCAGGAAGCGGAGUCGUGA